AUGACUGCUCUGCUUGACGAGCUAGCAGGAAUGGCCGCUGAAGCUACAGGUGCUCCCACUCAAGGGUCCUUGUGGUUCUUGCCAUUGGUCAAAGCUCCUAGCUCCCUGCGCAAAAACGAGCAAGGAGUUGAGUCAUCAGUGGAGCUGAGUCCCGGAGGAAUCUCGGUGCACUACUCUCUCAUCUUUGAGGUCACCUCCCCGGAAAUCAGCUCUGAGGAAGCAGAGGGGACGACCGAAAGCCCGGAGGAUUCGGUCAUGGCUGAUCUUAGAGAAAUGGUGACCAAGGCUUUACGAGAAGAAGCCUCGCUGCCGAUCGAUCUAACCUCCCUUAACUUCCAACCAGAAGUGAUCCACCUACCAGCCCUCUCAGCAACCUCUACAAUUGAAGUGGUGAAUGAGCCGGAUUCUCACAACGAGUUUGAGGUUUCCACUGUGGAGCCAGAGGUGAAUAAACCCCGGCUGGAGGUCCCUCUCACCCCCAUGGAGAAGGAAAACGCUCUCGUGACCCUCCUGGAUCCCACCGCCCUCCCCGAUGAUGAGACCACGGCAGUAACGGGAGGGAUGGCGGAGAGAAACGAUAACUCUCCAGCCUCUCAGGAUAUUACAGAGGAGGAAGAGGCAAUUUAUGUGGGUGAGCCAGAGCUAUCAAAUGAAGGAUUGCCAAUCAUUACACAUGAGAUUGAAACCAUUCAUCACGACGAGAUUGGUGAACUCGUGAGAGACUACAUCCCGAUCUCUCCGGUGAUUCUGGAGCUGGAGACGGACGCUCCAUUUAUCAAUCUGUCUCCUAACCUGAUAUCAGAGGAAGACCUGAGUCCUGUUGAGGAAGAAGGGGAGGAUUUGGAUGUUGUCACCCCCACCUCACAGGUAUUAUUCACUACAGCUGCUUUUGCUGAGGAAGUGACAAUCACAACACUUUCAGGAAUCACAGGCCAACCGCCCACUGAGGCAAUGGUGAACGUAGAAGAAAACGAGGACGUUAACGCUUUGCCGGGUGAGGAAGAGGCUGGAUUGGCUGUCCCGGAAACAGAGGACGUCUCAGAGUUGGAGGUUGAAAUUCUAGAGCCAGAAGAAGAAGUGGCUGAAGUUUCAGAGCCAGAGGAAGAAGUAGCUGAAGUUUCAGAGCCAGAGGAAGAAGUAGUUGAAGUUUCAGAGCCAGAGGAAGAAGUAGUUGAAGUUUCAGAGCCAGAGGAAGAAGUGGCUGAAGUUUCAGAGCCAGAGGAAGAAGUAGUUGAAGUUUCAGAGCCAGAAGAAGCUGUAGAAAAUCAAGAGGAAGUCGCAGGAUCAGAGCCAGAAGAAUCUGAACCAGAAGCAGAAACAGAAACAAGCGAUGGCGCUGUUGAGAUUUUGAACGAAGAACAUGUCGAAGAAGAAGUCGAAGUUAUGCAGCCAGAAAAAGAAAUAGUUGAACUGGAAGGAGAGGGUAACGAGGAACCAGAAGAAGGUAUAUCUGAGGUUUUAAAUGCAGUGGAAUCAGAAGAAACAGAACCCGAAGUUCCAGAUGAAACAGAACCCGAAGUUCCAGAAGAAACAGAACCCGAAGUUCCAGAUGAAACAGAACCCGAAGUUACAGAAGAAACAGAACCCGAAGUUCAAGAUGAAACAGAACCCGAAGUUACAGAAGAAACAGAACCCGAAGUUACAGAAGAAACAGAACCCGAAGUUCCAGAUGAAACAGAACCCGAAGUUCCAGAAGAAACAGAACCCGAAGUUACAGAAGAAACAGAACCCGAAGUUACAGAGGAAACAGAACCUGAAGUUCCAGAUGAAACAGAACCUGAAGUAGAAGUUGCUGAGGAGGAAGCAGUUGAUGUUGUGAAACCUGUAGAAGAAGAAGAAGUCCCGGAGGUUCCAGAACCAGAGGAGGAAGUGGUGGAGAUUUCAGAGGUAGAAGAAGAAGAAGUUGUUGAACCUACAACCCCUGCUGAAGUUGUGGUUGAGGUAUUGGAACCAGCACCAGAACCAGAGCAUGAACCUGAAGAUAACAUAGUUGAGGAAGCAGAAUCAGAGGAACCAGAACCAAGUGAAGAACUGGCUGAGGUUGUAGAGGAAGAUCCAGAAACAGGGAAAGAGUCAGAAGAAGUCACACAACCAGAGGAGGAAGUGGUUGAGGAUGAACAACCAGCAGAAGUUGGACCAGAACCACAGGAAGAGGUAGUUGUGCCGCCAGCAGAAGAGUUACCCGAAGUUUCAGAGCCAGCAUCAGAAGAGGCAGUCCCAGAACCAAAUCCAGAGGAGGAGAUGAUUGAGCUUUUAGAACCAGAACCUGAGGAAGAUGUCACUGAGCCGGCAGCAGAAUCCAUUCAAAUCCUUCAGCCGUUUGACAGCGUGGAAGAUCUGAACGUGGGAGAGGAUACUGUUGAGAUCAUUGAGGAUAACGAGUUCCUUCCACCAAUCAGACUGGACCAACACCUUCCUCAUGAGGAAGAUAACUUACCCAUCGUACCGGCAGACAUCCAGCCUCCAGAGGAAGAUGAACCCGUCAUCCAGGAGGAUGUUGACACGUCUGAUAUUGCAGAGGUGACGGAUCAAGACAACAACGACACAUCAGAGGGAACUGAAGAAGACUCGAUAUCUCCAGAAAGUGACGCCAGUGUAACGGAAACUCCGGUUUCAGACUCCUUCCCUUCACCUCCGGCAACCGAAGUGUCUGAACCCAACCCGACUUCAGACUCUGGACUCUUUGAAGGAACAGAACCGGAGCCAGCGGUCGUCAUUAUCGAUGAGAACUUGAACCCGUCAGUGCCGAAAGGAAUCGAAAUCCAAACCCUCCCACCGGCGACGGACGACAUCAUCGACGAGGCUGUGCAGGAUCUUGCAGUUGAGUUGGAUCAGUCGGACAUAUCAACCAAUGAGAUUUCAGAAUCAGAAGAAUCAGAAACAGGUUUAUUACCAGAAGAAGGGGAGUGGCUUUCCUGUCUGGUUGUUGGACAAACCAGCGCCCCAUCCACGGCCCGGCCUCCUGUGAAGUAUCUCACCACGCCUCCAUGACCACAGGAGUAACGGAAGAGAACUGGGUGGUGUUCUCAGUCUGCGCCGUCACCAAACAUGGGAUCAUUCUCCCUGGACCUUUUCAACAAGACGUCGUCCGAAUACAGGUACCCGGAGAGCACCUUCUUA